AUGGAGGCUAUGGAAGGCUUCUGUGGCACCUGCAACAUCAGGAUUCCCAAGGCUCAGGGGACGUACUGCUGCUUCUGUGGAUCUAGACUCUUUACGCGUCCAGCAGGACCACAGCGGAUCGGCCAGUCCCAAGUUGUUACGCCUCCGGAUAUCAAAGCCCGAGACCCAACGCAAAGGAACAUUGUCAACGCACCUCCUCCUGGUCUUGCUCAGACGAAUGACUCCAGAGAACCCCGAGCCGCCUUGGAGCACGAUAGGUCGGCUUCCUACAGCAAAGAGAGAGAUGACCACGCAGAAAGCGAGUCCGAUUCCGACCACGUCCUAGAUAUCGUGAAACUCUUCCAUCCGUCCGCUGGCAGCGUCCAGUCUACUCGGCCAAACUUGAAGAAAGAGGAGCGGCGUCAAGUCCAGAGAACAGCGCAAGGACGCAGGCGCAGACGCAGAACGGUAGUCACACACAACCGGAAACCAGGCACGGCCACUGACAACAUCGUCACGACGGCGGGUUACGAAAGCGACUCUAGUACAAUCGAAGUUGUCCGCACCACGAGAGCGCCGCGUCGAUCCACAAGAGUAGCUAACUCUCUAACUACCCAGCAAUCCGAUGACGAUCGACUUACACGCGCGACGAGGAAGAGACGCAGAAAGAAUAGCGACGAGAACGAGGCGGUACUGAUACCGCGUCAUGAAUUCGGGGGCUUAAGUCAAGACGACACAAUCACACCUGCUCGCUUGCGCACCAUGAAAUGGGUCAUUGGCCAUCUUCAGAAUGCCUCGUUCUCGGAUCCAUUCAGAGAGCCCGUGGACAGCGUCUCCGUACCGACAUACUCGGAGGAAAUCAAGAAGCCUAUGGACCUGGGAGAGAUCGCUCGGAAGUUAGCAAACCAACAAUACGACACAGUUUCUGCCUUUAUCGACGACUUUGAGCUUAUCAUAUCUAACUGUAUCACGUUUAAUGGUACAGGCAGUUGGGUCACGGAUUAUGCAAGGAUGAUGGAGCGGGUCUUCGUCGAGAGGAUGCGGUCUCUCCCCUGGGCACACGAAAUCAGUCUUCCCUAA